AUGAGUUCGUUGAACUUCGAACACUCGUAUACCUCGCACACUUCGCAAACUUCGUCUUCUUCGUCUCCUCCGUAUCCAAUUCUGCUGGGUGACUUGGAAAAACUCGACAAAACACCGCCCUAUCCAAUGAAAAACUUGGAGGAAAUCUUGACGGACGACUAUGAUCAAUCCGGAUACUCUUUUGAAGUUGACUCGCCAUCUCAACGACGAACGAGGGCUAUAAUCGAGGAGUCAGUCACCUCUACUUCUCCAAAAUGGCCCGAGGUGCCAAAUUUAAGCACCAACGUUACCACCACCACCACCACCACCAAAACUGAUUCACCAUCGACUUUGUACGGAAGUCAUCGUUUGGAUGAUACAAGCCAAUUCAAUGGCGACGUGUCUCGGACCCCGACAAAUCCACAUUUCAGACACGGACAUCGGCAACAGCGGUCCUCAGUCAACUCCUUGACUCAUUUUGCAGAUAACGAGGUAUAUAGUCGGUCGCCUUCGCCAAAGAGAUCAAUUCAUAGCAAAAACUUGUCAGUUUCGAGCGGUAAUGACGGCUACUUUGCCAACGCCAACUCACCUCCAGGGAGCCCGCGCCGUCCACGACUGACGUACCGGGUGGUUUCUGAUAAUCCAUUCUACGACGACAGCGACUCGAUGGACCGCCACAGGGACGACUUUGAGUCCCCCGCGUCCGAGUACUUUGACUAUUCGAUCUUGCCCGAGCUCCCUGUUAAGGAGAAGGAGGCGACACGAAAGGCACUUCCUCCUCCUCCUCCUCCUCCUCCAGUGCCCUCGGCACUUCCACCGCCGAUACCCGAGGCCAUCGCCAUGGCAAGAAAAAAUCAAGACUUGCCCCCGUUGCCGUUGGAACUACCACAGUUGCCCGUUUGUUCAGCUUCUUUGCAAGCGCACCACUUUGAGGCAUGUCUUAAAAUCUGGUCGCUAUCCGAACUAUUCAAGUGGUGCUGCAAGCUCCAGUAUUGGUUGAUAGACCUGACAUUCUCGAAACAGGAACUCAAGAAAGCAAUCAUAAGAUUAUUGGCGUUCCACAGGAGCGACGUACCCUUGGACUUGAUCACCAAAGGUUCUCAACUCAUAUUUGAUGCCUUAUUGCAAGCGGGUGCAAUUGAAAUGAUGGAGUUGCACAAUGCAAACAGCAAAGUCGACAAGUCGGUUGUCGUUUUCAACGAGGCGGCGUAUGUCAAUGGUGUAUUGCCUGUCCUCACAGAAUGCUAUUCGCCGGUUCGUCAUUUGAAAGAUGAAGAAGUGCUCUGUUACGCACUGUCGUGCAAAUUCAGCAAGCUGAAGAAUCUCGAGCGCAAGAUGAGAAGUAUGGAAAUCAAGAAAAUCGUAUUGGACAAUGACUGGGCCGCCCAUUGGCGUCUAACUAUCGAGGACUUGCGCGGCUUAGACCCAACAUUAAUCAAGAGGCAGUCGCUCUUGUUUGAUUUAUUGAGGUACGAGCAAACGUUUAUCCAGCGAGCAAAAUGCUUUGCCGAUGUUGUUUGUCCCGAGUUUGUCAAUGCUGCAAAGAGCUUCACUAGCAAUUCGCGAAUCAAGGCAUUUGACGAGGAGGUACUUCCCGCAGUGCAAAAAAUUGUUCAAAUCCACCAAGAGCAAUUGUUUGAGCCUCUUUUGAAAGUUUUGGUGGCCGAGGGGAAAUUCAUAAACAGCGUGAUUGAGAUUGCCAAUAUCUAUUGCGACUGGGCAAGAGAUGUUCGCCCGUACUUGGUGACGUAUAUGAACAACAUGCCGAUGAUUGAAGAUUUACUAGCAAUUGCAAGAUUAAAGGCCUUUUUGGAUCAAAAGAUUGGUACCUUGCCCGAGGUGCGCGACUUGAAAGUUAACGUUUCGAUUUUGUUCAUCAGUACUUUCAACUCAAGGUAUCAACAGAUCCCCUUGCAAUUGUUGGACAUUCAAAAAAAGUACCAAAAAAGCGAACCAGAGUAUUUCUUACUCCAACAAGCCAGCGACGAAAUCAAGAAACUAGGAUCCAAGAUCAAUGACUCGAAAAAGACCGCCGAUAGCGCGCACGCAAUGGAGCAAAUCAAAACCGAGCUUCUGUGGAAGUCGGGUUUCCGCCAGGUCAAUCUCAACUUGGAUUCUGCUAACCGAAAGUUUAUAUGCCGGGGAGACUUGACGAGGAAAAGCGACCUUAAGAUCACCACCCAGAUCAAUCACAUUGUCAUUUUGGACAACUAUUUGCUCAUCACCGAACGAAUUAAAAACUCAAAGUCGUCAUCAUCGUCGUCGUCGUCGUCGUCGGGGGCUCAGUACCGGAUUUGUGAAGAUCCUGUGCCGAUUGACUUUUUAAUAUUUUCUGAAAAAAUUGUCAGUUCGUCUGUAUCUCCGAUUAAACUCACGUCAACGUCGUCGUCGCUGCACUUGAAAGGGACACCGUCGCAAACCCAAUCGGACGAGGACAAUUCCAUCCAAUAUGGAAUCAAGAUCAAGUACGCGGGCAAACCAAGACAUUCAAAUACGUUUCUCUGCAAGACUGAGCGCGAGAAGGAUGCCUGGAUGGGGUACAUCAGCUCUGCUAAAACAGCAAUGUGCAAGAGAUUAUACAGCUCGCCGGCAUACACAAUCAGGCUGCUUUCAAGCACGUGUUUUGCUUAUGAUUUCCACAACAGAGUGCAAAAGUUGCAAAUGCUAGUCCCGUUUGAUCCCAUUUACGCCAUCAGCUCGAAUGCGCUAAACAUGAUGAAACAAAUGGCGAUCCCGGCAGACAUUUACAGUGCUGCUGCACCUCGAGGUAGAAUGACAUUCAGCUCUAUCAAGUGCUGCGUCACUUUUAUUUAUAAUGAUUACAAAUUCACAUUGGUGGGUUUGCACAAUGGCUUGUACUGCUGCGAGUCCAAAUCGAGAUGGAAAAAAGUCAUGAAUGGAUCGGAUUUUUCCAAGAUUCACGUCGAUACCAGUACUGGGUUGGUGAUUAUCCUUAGCGACCGGACAUUGAAAUAUUAUUUGAUCCACCAAAUAAUAAACGUAUACACUCAGACUGCCACCGAAUUGAACGGUAUUCCCUUGUCGAAUGACCCGGUGCUUUUCUUCUCGAUGGCCAAUCACAAGAAUGUGCCGAUGCUAUUUUUGGCAAAGAAAAAGGGAAACCUAACCAACUUUAAGGUGAUGAUCCCUGAAACCGAUAAUAAUGGCGUUUUCAGCCGCUUUCGAGAUGACAGGAAGUUCUACAUUGAGGCUGAAUGCUACGGCAUCUCAAUCUUGAACUCGUCAUUUGCCGUGCAUACAGACAAGGGGUUUGAAAUCCUUGAGCUCGAGCAUAUGAUCCCCAGACCAGUGCCCGAGUUGCCCGACGUUGAAUCUGAGCCUGUCCCUAGAAAGAAAAUCGACCAGUUUGUGAAAACAUCUGGACCCAGCGAUAAUGGCAACGCCACCACCACCACUCCCAACACCAUUGUGCGAAGUAUCAAGAAAUUGCUAUCUUCAUCACACGUUAUUCCCUUGGGUAUGUUUAAACUAUCCAACAAUCAAGAGUUUUUACUUGUUUACGACGAGUUUGCUAUAUUUGUCAAUAAGCACGGGUUCUUGUCGAGAUAUGUGAUUUUGCUAUUUGACUUUAAGGCCAAGUCGAUAAAUUUCAAGAAUAACGAUCUUUUUCUCGUUAAGGACGACGUGCUUGAAAUAUUGUCCAUCAGCAAUUUCGCUAAGGGCUCGAACAAAUUCAUCCAGGUGAUCACUGGUAGAGAUAUCAGGUUAGUAUCGAGUCCCGAAAGUGAUGAUGUCACGGUAGCAAUGGCGAAUCCGUUGGUGCCUGGUUUACAAUUGUUGUUUGAUUUGGUUCCGAAAUGA